UAACAAUUUAACUCAAUAAUGGCUGACUCCGACGUAACUGAUAUGCUUACGACUUGGGGCCUUUCUGAAUACAUUGACAAAUUCAAAGGAUAUCAACAAUUUUGAAUCUAAUAGUUUAUUGAUUGAAAUUCCAUCACCAUCUACAUCUAACUCAACAACUCCAGCUAAUGAGGACUCAUUAAAUUUCUUAAUCUCUGAACCAAGUACACCAAAAGAAAGUUUAUCACCAACAUUUGGACUACCUCAUAAUCUGUCACCCAGUUUGGAAAAAGAAUGUGAAUUAAACAACUACUUGCAAAGUUGUACUGAGGGAAAAGCUCUACUAGCAACGUAUAAAGAUAGAGGAUUAUUGGAUAACAGUGGCCGAAGAAAGAUCUGUAAUUUAAUUGUAAGGAAAGAACUACAGUAUAACCCAGAAAAGGUUAUUAAUUCACACAAGAUAUUAUCUCUAGCAAAAGAAAUUGUUCAAAUCUUCCCCAAGGAACAUAUAAGUACCUAUUUUAUACCUUAUAUGAAUUUUGGUCCAACCAUAAAAAAAGCAGCAAAAGGAAAACUAUUAGAUUGUUUUAAUAACAGAAGAAGGGAGUAUAAAAAAGCUGGAAUCAUAACUUCGACCCCGGUAAGUCAUUCUCCAUUAUGAAACAGGGCAGCCAAUUGGAGUUAUUAGACUUCUCACAACAGGAAGACAGUGACGUUGAUGAUCAAAUUACUUGGCUACAAAACUCCUCCGAUCCAUGGAAUUUAGUAGAAAAAUAUUGGGUCAUCACUAGACAGAAACGUUUAAAAAAUGUAUUAGAUACAAAUACAAAAGAUUUAUUCACAAUAUCUGAUUAUAUGAAAAAAUUUCCAGCUCUCAAAAAGCCUGCGGGUUAUAACCUUUUGAUUGAAGAUUUUAAUUUCAUGUACCCUGACAAGAAAGAAAUUCUCAUUGAAAACUUUCCAUUACAUAAAAACAAAAUAUUAGAACUUGGUAAAAUCAAUUCCAGUAAUUUGAAAGAUAAUACACUCAAAUGUAUAAUAAAUGAAUACCUAAGUCUGUCUUCAGCAAGUGAAGAAGCAUCUCAUUUGGCGGCAUUAUUGAUUUUGCCAUUUUUAUUGUCUCCAAUAACUGCAAAGAGAAAGAAAGGAAAAGCUGCAUGGAGGCCUUCUAAACUGGAAAUGAAAGAUGGAUUCAUAACCCACAUUAAGUCUCAUACCGAACUUCAAGACACAGUUUCUAGAAGGAAAGAUAAGUAUUCUAAGUUAGGCGUAACUCUACAACCUCUAAUCAUUAUUGUUGGGCCAAAUUGUAAUGAGAUUUCACAAUACUUUAUAUUGGUAGAUGAUACAUAUUAUGUUAUGAAUUCUAUUUUGACCGCGCUUGACUGUUGCUUUAAAAUAAUUCAUGCAUUAAACCUCCAGUACCCAUAUGAAAGUCUACCAGUGUGGAUGUUUAUUCAAAAAGGGUUUUAUGAAAUUGAAACAUUGUGGGACACUGAAUAUGUUUGUGUAAAUUCUCUAUUAAGUGAUUUAAGCAUUAUUGAGUCUUCUCAACACAAUAAGUGA